GUUCCGGCGCUGUGCAUCCUGGGUCGGCGCAGCCAUGGCGGCCCGUGUCCUUUCCUCCUGUGUCCGCCGCCUGCCCUCAGCCUUCGCGCCGCCGCCCCGGGUUCCCACGCUGGCCCUGGCCCGGACGCUCGGCACUGCGUUGUGUCCCGCGGGGACCCAGACGAGGCCAGGGGCGGCGCAGCCGGCCUCGUUGCUCGCACAGGUGCCGGGGAGGGUCCCACUGCUGUGCCGCCAGUACAGCGACGCGCCCCCUCUGACGCUGGAAGGAAUCAAGGAUCGGGUUCUCUAUGUCUUGAAAUUGUAUGACAAGAUUGACCCAGAAAAGCUCUCAGUAAAUUCCCAUUUUAUGAAAGACCUGGGCUUAGACAGCUUGGACCAAGUGGAGAUUAUCAUGGCCAUGGAGGAUGAAUUUGGGUUUGAAAUUCCUGAUAUAGAUGCGGAAAAGUUAAUGUGCCCACAAGAAAUUGUAGAUUACAUUGCAGAUAAGAAGGAUGUAUAUGAAUAAAGUACCAGGACUCCGGCGACGCUGGUGAGGAGUGAGCGUGCGCUGUCCUCACAGCAGCUCUGCUGGACGUGUAUUUAAGUUGUCUCGUUUUGCCCUUUGAAAAUAAAUCGGUAAAACCAA